UUCCGUCGUCUCUUCUCAGUGCAGUUGCAGAAAACCUCCAGCAGCGUUCCUGCCCUAGGAAUAUCCUUCCUUUUCUCCUCUUCUUCUCAGCUUGAGGGGGUACGAGAGUUCCGCCUACUGCAUGGCAGAGGUUCGUGCUUUUGUGAAGGCAGUGAUUUUUAUUAAAGAAAGAGAAAGACAAACAAACUAAAUGACGAACGACCAAGAGACCGAAGAGGCCCAAGUCAUUACAUCCUUGACGCCCUGCUGAAGACCUCAUCUGACAACCUAUGAGGAUUCAUGAAGUAAAGAUCAUUCUGCUCUCAUGAUUCAUUAGAAGCCCCUAGUUGAGAGGGCAUCUACUCACAAUGGAAAAGCAGGAUCCUCAAGGCACACCAGAAAUACAACCAUCAUCUCAAGUGUCACAAGAAUCUCAAGGUGACCAGAGAAACAACCCUCCUACUGAGGUUCCCAGAGCAGAUUCGGGUUCGGUAUCCAUCUCCAGCAAUGAUGGCAGGAAGGUUUCUCGCGAGGACAUUGAACUUGUAAGACAAGUCCAGAACCUGAUAGAACGAUGUCUUCAGCUAUAUAUGAAUAGAGCAGAGGUGGUGAAGACCCUUUUGAAUCGAGCAAGGAUUGAACCUGGGUUUACGAGUCUAGUGUGGCAGAAACUGGAGGAAGAAAAUGCGGAGUUUUUCAGAGCUUACUACAUAAGGUUAAAGCUGAAAAAACAGAUCAUCAUGUUCAAUCACUUGCUUGAGCGCCAGUACCAUCUGAUGAAAUAUCCUAUGCCACCAAAGGUUCCUCUGGCCCCCAUACAGAAUGGGAUUCAUCCUAUGCCUGUUAACAAUAUGCCUAUGGGAUACCCGGUCCUUCAGCAGCCCCCAAUCCCAGCUACCGGUCAACCCCAUCUCGAUUCAAUGGGCUGUGGACUCUCCAGCUGUCAUGUGGUAAAUGGAGUCCCGGCGCCAGGCAAUUUCCAUCCCAUUCGGAUGAAUUCCGGAAAUGACACUGUGAUGGAGAGCGGUGCAGCUGAUGUUGGAUCUGUUAUCCCUCCAGGCAGUGCCAUGUCAUCCAUCUCAGAUAUGGCCGUGAGUCCAGCGUCAGCGUCCAGUGGCCAUUUUCCCUUCACUCCAUCAGAAAUGUCAGGUAUGGGUGUAGACACAUCAGCACUUGACACAGCCUUUACAUCCGAUGUGGCAAGUCAGCUGGGAGCUGAUGGUGGGGUUGGGAGCACGGGCGACUCACUUAGGUCUCUGGCUCAGAUCCCCUGGAAUUUCAGCCUAUCGGAUCUUACAGCAGAUUUAUCAAACAUGGGAGAUCUUGGAGCCCUAGGAAACUAUACUGGCUCCCCUUUCCUGCCAUCAGAGUCCGACAUCCUACUUGAUUCCCCAGAGCAUGAUGAUAUUGUUGAUGAGUUCUUUGUUGAUUCCAUCCCCGAGCCAUGCUCUCAGUCAGAUGAGGAGAAAUCAUAGAGAAACGCUAUCAAUCAGAUGAGGAGAAAUGAUAGAGAGAACUGAUGUGGCCCCACCCCUAACAUCCUCUACAGGUUAGUGCAUUAGACAGUAUGUUGAAAGGUUAGUUGAGAAAAAUAGACAUUCCAGCGCUUGUAAGUAUAGUAGCAGUAGCAGCACAAGUAGCCCCCGGAAGUAGGAAAUAGUGGAUAAUAUAUCUACAAUAAAUGGUAACAAUUGCACAUUUAUAUUUCUCCAAGAUGUGAAAAAUAAUAAAUAACACAGUCAUGCAGACUGUUUAUAAUA